CGUCUGUGUCACUCCCCUUUUUCAGUUGAGUUGGACGCUUCGUGGCGCUGGUUGUGUUGAAUGGGAAGCGCACACCAGCGAGUAGGAAGAUAGUAGCUAGUUAUCUAGUCAGCAGGUGGGUCGGCUGCAGCUCGGUCCAUUGCACCCUGUCACCAUGGAGCGAGGAAGCGGAUUUUCAUACAUGAAAUAUGGGACUGCAGUGUCCCUUUUAGUGAUUCUGUUGUCUUACUGGUUUCGACCGCCCCAAAACGUGGGACUAGAUGAUCGGCUCGAUGCUGUGCUCUCAUCUCUUCUGCGGGCGGAACGAAAAGCAGCCGUGAACAACGACAGACCUCGGGUGGCCAUAGGUUUUGGUGGCUGUGUGGACCUGAUCGUAGACGGGGUGACCCUGCUGAACAAGAUGGGCCUGCCUCCCACACAGGAGCCUCUGCACCACGACUACAUAGAGAGCCAUGAACAGCUGGCUCAGAGCUUUGCCUACUUCUUCGCCCCAGGGGCAGCUGCAGAGAGGUUUGUGAGGAACGACACUCUCUUCCAUGAACUGGUCGAGGCGUCUCGUGAGUUGCCGGGCAACCGCUGGUCAGUGGGCGGCAACGCGCCCGUGAUGGCUGGUCGCAUGGCAACAGAGGGUUGUGAUGUGUUACUAGGGGGAAGCUUCAGCCCAGACUUCACAGAUGUCCUGUCCCAGCACAUCACAGUGGCAGGUAAUGUAGUGGAGGAACCUGAUAUCCACCUGAUCCUGGAAUACCCCUCAGGAGCCAGCUGGGGGCAGUACACAUCACGCAGGGCCAACAGGUACAUUGUCCACAGUGACGACCACAACCCCUACUUGGCGUCCAUGGAGGACUUUGAGCUGAAGCUACAGAUCUUCCAGCCAGACCUGCUGGUUGUGGGCGGGCUCCAGAUGAUGGACAGCUUCCCUUUCCAACAGGGUGAACGGGAGGCUCUGCUCUCCCAUCUCUCCCGCCUCCUCUCCUCCUCCUCCCCUCAGACAGGCGUCCAUUUUGAGAUGGCGAGCUUCGUGGACGAGGACCUGAUGGAGGACCUGCUGGCUCUGGUGGUGCCCCAGGCUGACUCCCUGGGCAUGAACGAGCAGGAGCUGCCCAACCUCCUGAGCCUGCUCCGGGGCUCCAACGUCACCGUGUUGUCGGACCCCAACCCGCGCGUCGCCACCGUGCUCGACCAGAUGCGGGACCUCUACCGCAUCCUCAACCAGCGCACCCGCCAGGCCAGCGAGGGCGGGGCGGGGGGGCGCCCGCUGACCCGGCUCCACGUCCACACGCUGGCCUUCCAGGCCAUGAUCGUGACGCGAGGGUCCCAGUGGAAGAACACCAUGUCGGCCGUCGCCAAGGCCUCCCUGACCGCUAACCGUCACGUGUGCGGGUCCUCGGACAUCGACCCCAGCAAGGCGCGUCUCAUCAUGGACGAGUCGUUCUCGGUGAGCCGGGAGGAGGGUAGCCCCCGGAUACCGCUGAAGGAGACCAGGCCCAUCAGCUGCUGGGAUGAGGACGACUACCAGAUCUGCGUGGCUCCUGUGCUGGUGUGCACCGAGGUGUACCAGACAGCCGGCGGAGGGGACAACAUCUCUGCUGCUGGCCUGGUGUUGCAGAUCUGAGCUAACUCCACAGUUGUUAACGGCUAACUAGCCACUAGUAGCUAACGCUGGCCCUCGGUGGCUAACUAGCUGUUAGCGGCUAAUGCUAAGGAAGCGUUUGUUAGUUGCCUGCUAAGACCAGGAAUGAGAGGCAAUUGGACAUGGCCUUGCUGUGGAUAUCAGCCUCUUCAUGAUUCUUUUUCCCCCCAGGAUCUUCUCCAGUUUCCAGGAACUUUCUUAACUGAGACAAUGAUUUUUAACGUGUGUGUUUUGUUUCUCCUGGUGUGUGUGUGUGUGUUUCCCAUGGUGUCUUAUGACCCUGUCUCUGUCCAGUUCCUCUCUCUUUCUCCCAUUCUGCAGGUUUAUGAAGCGAUAGCUAGCUAGCAACUAGCUAGUUAGCAGCUUAGGAUCCUUGAAAUACCACCUAAGCUGUUUAGGCAGAGGGACACAUCAUCCCGUAACAUGUGAAGACUUUUAGCAUUGUGUUUUUAUACGUUUGAGUGUGUAUGUUUGAUUUGUCUCGUUUGUUAAGGGAAUUUUUGCAUCGUGAGUGCAAUGCAAACGCAGGAUUAGGCUAGGUUUGGUGAGAUAGCCUCCUCAGUCUCCAACUGACCACUCAAAGGAACAUGUGUGUUUCAGGUGUACAAUUCAAUUAAAUAUGCAACGACACACUCAUCUGCAUAACUACUCGUUAUUAUCCGUCUGCUGUGACUGCCUUCAUUUAUUCCUGUAUCAUUCCAUACUUUCCCAGCGCUACCCAUUAGUACGUGAUACAUUCCUCUCGUCCUGUCACCUCCAACAUCUCAGCUGUGUGGUGUACGUGAAAACUGUUUUUCAAGGGAAUGAGUUUCUAGUUUCUGUGGAAUGUUUUUGUUGCCUGUUGUCUAACUGAAAGCUGAUAUUGAAUUAGGAUCUGAGCCUUAUUAAAAGUGUUUUUAUUUAGCCACUGCCUGCAUCCCUCAUAAUAAAACAUUAUACAUUGCA